GGAAAGAGAAACUGAAGUGUAGUCGAGCUGUUGUGUUCGUGUCUCUGUAUUCAUACAGUAAAAUGGCAGAAGCCAGAAUUUCAGUGGAUCAGGAUGAGUUCCUGUGUCCAGUGUGUCUGGAUCUCCUGAAGGAUCCAGUGGCUAUUCCCUGUGGACACAGUUACUGUAAGAGCUGUAUUACAGGCUGCUGGGAUCAGGAGGAUCAGAAGAGAGUCUACAGCUGCCCUCAGUGCAGACAGACCUUCAGUUCAAGACCUGCUUUAGCUAAAAACACCAUGCUGGCUGAAGUGGUGAAGAGACUGAAGAAGAUUAAACUUCCUGCUGACUGUUACGCUGGAGCUGGAGAUGUGCAGUGUGACGUCUGUACUGGAAGAAAACACAAAGCCGUCAAGUCCUGUCUGGUGUGUCUGAACUCUUACUGUCAGAAUCACCUUGAACAACAUGAGAGUUUCUUUAAAGAAAAGAGACACAAUCUGACUGAUGCCACUGGACAACUGAAGGAGAUGAUCUGCCAGAAACACGACAAGAUCCUUGAGGUUUUCUGCCGCACUGACCAGAAGUGUAUAUGUCUGCUGUGUACGAUGGAUGAACAUAAAAACCACAACACUGUAUCAGCUGCAGCACAGAGGAAAGAGAAACAGAACCAGCUGAAGGAGACGCAGAGGUCGUUCCAGCAGAGGAUCCAGCAGAGACAGAAAGAUCUUCAGCAGCUGAGAGAGGCUGUGGAGUCUCAUAAGCGCUCUGCACAGACAGCAGUGGAGGACAGUGAGAGGAUCUUCACCAAGCUCAUCCUGAGAAACAAAGUGGAGGAUUUCUGCAAAGAGGAGCACAAGAAGUUUUCUGACAGAGUCACUUCCACCAACAUUGUUCUCAGGACCAGGAACAACUUCCUACAAUAUUCCCGUCAGCUCAAUCUGGAUCUGAACACAGUGCAAGACUAG